UUAAAAUUAAGUUCCUUAGAGACUAUUGAUCAAAAUUAUACUAUUGCUUGGGAAGCAUUGAAAAAACGCUAUAAUAACAAACGUAGAAUCAUUAACACGCACGUACAAAAUUUAUUAAAUCUUGAACCGAUACUUGAUAUGCGCGCGAAUUUACGAAGGUUUAUAGAUACCAUUGAAAAUAAUCUUCAGUGUCUAAAGGCCAACGAGCAGGAUGUUGAUAAGUGGGAUGCUAUUUUGAUACCUAUAAUUUUGAGCAAACUAAAUUUAACUAUCAAUCAAGAAUGGGAGGAGAAAUUAAACGAGAAACCCGAUUCAAAUAAUAAGUUGCCUUUGUUGUCAGAGUUGUUAGAAUUUUUAAAUACAAAAACUAAUGUACUAGAGAGCAUAUCGGAUAAGAAACCAGACUCAUAUUUAGGUGAUUCCUCAAAAAAACCCUAUAUUAAAAAUACUACUCCAGUAAAACUCAAAUUUGGAAAUCACAUAUCUAAUCGAACUUUAACCUCAACCACACUUUGUUGUCCUAAUUGUAAUGGAAAUCAUCUUAUACAGCAAUGUGAUGCAUUUUUAAAAAUGGAUGCAAAAAACCGAAUCGAACGUGUAAAGGUACUUAAGCUUUGUCUAAAUUGUUUACGAAAGGGGCAUUUUAUUAGCAAUUGCAUUUCUUCAAGAUGUAGGACGUGCCAUCAGAAACACAACACUUUGUUACAUUUUGAUACUAAGGUAAAAGAAGCUACGUCCACUUCUGUAAUUCAAUUUAACGAUUCACUUCCAACAGUUCCAACCCAAUCUGGGGAAACUGUUACACCAAAUGAAUGUGCAUCAUAUUACAACAAUUCACAAUGCCAACAAAUUUUAUUAUCAACAGCUAAAGUUGACGUUUAUAAUUACAAUAGUGAACCUAUUCGUGUAAGAGUUUUGCUAGAUUCUGCAUCGCAAUCUAAUUUUAUAACGGAAAGAACCUGUAGAAUGUUAAAUCUACCCAUGCAACCCUCUAAUACCAUAGUGACAGGAAUAAAUCAAAGUUCCUCCAACGUCAAAUUUUCUACGACAGUCAAAUUGAAAUCUAUCUAUUCUGAUUUUAGUAGGCGCAAGUAUAUUUUAUGAAUUGUUAUCUAUAGGUCAAAUCAAACAACCAAACGGGCCUUUGUUUCAAAAAACAAAGCUAGGUUGGGUAACAUCAGGUAGUGUAUAUAGUAAAAAACCAGUAGACAAAAC